UGCCAAAUUAUCUAGUGUAACGUAUUCGUAGUUUUUGUUUUAGGGAAGACGUAACCAUUCGUUUCGUCAUCUAAAGAAAUAAGGUAGGAUAACAUUGUCUUGAGGAAAAUAAGAUGAAAGAAUUUAUCUUGAAUGUAUCUUGUGGGAGUUUGGGGGUCGGUCGGGAGAAUCAGAAUGUUGAUCUCGUAAGCAACCUACUUUGUGCUUCUGAACAUCAAAAGCAGCAAUCCUACUAUAAGCAAAGGAUAAAGUGUGAAUCCGAAUACCUUCAUUGGGUAACGUUCUGUUUCCCCCUAGCUUACUCCAUUCUACUCCAGCUCUCUUCUCUUGUGUAAAUUCCAUCGUUAUAAGAGGAACCCUGUAGUAGUGUAUACAGCAUGCCCUGUAUGAGAAGAAGAGAGAAAGCACCAGUGUAUAUGUAAAGCAUACUACUCUAACAAGGCUUCAAAAAACUUUGAGAUCAUCUAGUCUCUUGGGAAUUGAGGGGUCGAUAGACUAAUAAAGUCUCCUAACUAUACCUUUUUGAUAGUAUUUACUAGUGGUUGUGCUUAAGCGAAUCCAAAAGGGGAGAGGACAUACACCGUUUGGUGAGUGAAGCAAAGAUGUCCGAUUGGGGUCCGGUGUUUGUGGCGGUGGUGCUUUUCGUACUGUUAACGCCAGGUUUGCUGAUUCAGGUACCAGGUCGCAAUCGAGUUGUUGAGUUUAGCAACUUUCAGACUAGUGGAGUGUCCAUACUGGUUCACUCAAUUGUGUACUUCGCCCUCAUUUGCAUCUUCUUAUUAGCAAUUGGGAUCCAUUUGUAUACGGGUUCUUAACUCUUUACUGGAAUCCUAGUUAUCACGGACGGCCAUUUUACUUUUUUACCUUUUUUGGGUUUGUCAUGUUUGGUUGUCAUUUGUCAUGCAUGUUUUUUGCUUUUGUUUCUCUUUUUUAGCAUUCAAAUUUCAAUUCAAUCUUUUACGAUUUGAUGUGAUGUAUCAUCGGUUGGGAAAGCUCUGGUUAUAAAUAAAAUGCUCUUUUUUCUUCUUUUA